AUGGCUCAGCCGUGGGACUACAUAGCCAAGAUUGUGUCCUUGGGCGACUCGGGAUGUGGCAAAUCAAGCCUCACAGUCCGCCUUUGCGAAGGCCGCUUCUCCCCACACCACGACGUAACUAUCGGCGUAGAGUUCGGAUCGCGCAUCGUUCCCGUUGGCCCACCAGCCUCUCAUUCCUUGAGCAUCAACAACCCCUCCAAAUCCUCACAGCCGCAAGCGCCCGUAUCGCCGUCGAAACAGAAGCAGGAGCAAAAACACAUGAAGCUUUCGCUCUGGGACACCGCAGGACAGGAGACAUACAAGAGCAUCACGAGGAGUUACUUCCGGGGCGCAUCGGGUGCGCUGCUCGUAUUCGACAUAUCGCGCAAAAACACUUUCCUCUCCGCCACGUCAUGGCUGCAUGACUUGCGACAAAUCGCCGAGGAAGGCAUUGUAGUAGUACUCGUGGGCAACAAGUCCGAUCUUGCAGGUUCGUCCACCGUAACCGACUCCGACGCUGCCAACAAGCGGCAAGUCACAAAAGAAGAGGCCGAGGAAUGGUGUAAAGCAAACGGGGUCAUGCAGUAUGUUGAGACUAGCGCCAAGAGUGGAGAGGGUGUGGAAAGAGCCUUCUUGGAAGUCGCAGAGAGGAUAUACCAGAAUAUAGAAGCCGGAAAGUACGAUUUGAAUGACCGGAGGAGUGGAGUCAAAGGCCCGGGAGGUGGAGCGAAUAGAGCGGGAGUUAACUUGAACGAUGCGAGUAGAAAGGGAAAGCAGCAGGGCUGGGGCGGAUGUUGUUGA